UGGCCGCGUCACGGCUCGGGGGCGGUGGGGCCGCCAUGGCGCCCUCGGCGUGCGGGCGGGUGGCGGCCGUGUCCUGCCUGGUGCUCUGCGCCUCCCUGCUGCUGCCGCGGGCCUUCGUGUCGCGGGGCGGCGGGAGGACGGAGCCCGGGGCCGCGCCGCCCGAGGGGAAGCUUGGUCACUUUCCACCAAGGAUGCAUUACCAAGCGACCCCCGACAGCCGAGCUACUCCUCAUUUUCCAAGGUCUCACCUUGCUGAAGCAGUUGCCAAAGCCAAGGCUGGUGGAGGUGGUGGUGGAAGCACUGGUGGAACUGGGAGAGGUCUUGUGGGGCAAAUUAUCCCUAUAUAUGGAUUUGGCAUCUUCUUAUAUAUCUUGUACAUUUUAUUUAAGCUGGCUUCCAAGGGAAAACCUACAGCUGGAGAACGGAAAUGCCCUACUGCUGCACCCGGAAACAUGAAGAGGAAAAUCACUGACUAUGAGCUCACCCAGCUCCAGGAAAAACUGAGAGAGACCGAAGAAGCUAUGGAAAAAUUAAUCAACAGAGUAGGCCCUAACUGUGACAGGACCCAAAACGUUACAACAGACCAGGAAAAAAGGUUACUUCAGCAACUCCGAGAAAUUACUAGAGUUAUGAAAGAAGGCAAAUUCAUAGAUGGCAUCUCUCCUGAGAAAGAAGCUGAAGAAGCUUCUUACAUGGAGGACUGGGAAGGUUACCCAGAAGAGACCUAUCCCAUCUAUGAUAAUUCCAAUUGCUUCAAGCGCAAACGGGAAACAAUCCUGGUAGAUUAUCCUGAUCUCAGCCAGCCCUCUGCAGAAGAACUGGCCGAAAGAAUGGAGGGCAUGGAAGAUGAGGAUUACCUGUGCAAUGAAACCCUACUCUCUGGCCUCACCAUGGGAAGGGACAGCCAUGAUUUAAUGCAGAAAAAGGAUGAGGGAACAGGCAUUAGUGAAGAGGAGAGGGACCAUCAUCACAGCCAAAGCAUUGAGGAGUGUUGUUACUGCUACGAGGAGGAGGAGGAUCCUGCUGUUAUAGCGGAGAACGCUGUAUUCCACUCAGAGAGCUGCAGUGAAGCAGAAGAGCCAGCCUCAGAGGACCUGUUCAUGGAGUCUGACAACGAAAAUGCAGCACUGAAAAAACAAAAAGCUAGUGAUUCAGAUGAAACAGGCAUGCUGAGAAAGCGCAACACAAAAGGACAUGAGUAAUAGUGACAAUAUGUGAAUGUCAUCUAGGUGGUGACAGUAAAGGUCAUAAACUGUCAAUUUGUGUGAUUUUUGCUUCUGAAGAAGAAAAUUCUUUAUUCAUCUCCGUGUACGAAUUCCAUU